UACCCGUAUGUAAAAAUGUCUCGACUUGUUGUCAGUCAGGAAAAUAAAUAUGAAACGAAGGUAAAAGUUCUUUAUAAACAAGUCGACGUUUUCAACAAGUGAAGUGCCAAUAUCUGAUGCACGUCAACUUAAGAAUAAGCAGUUUCACAAACAAUUUAAAGCCCUGCAUUGAUUGCAGAUAAAAUAGAUGUUUAGAAUUUAGAAAGAGGUUUUGUGGAGCAUCUGGAAGGCCCAUCACUAUACUGUUGUUUGUAAGGACACUAAAAUAAGUUAGGUAUCCAAUACAGUUAUGGAAGAUCCAGUUCUUCAGUUUUGAUAUAAACUCAAAAGGAACAUUGAACAGACCUAUGAUGAUCCAGGAUUUCCUCUUCGGAAUACAUGACCCAUUAAGUAAUAAUAAAUCUGAUGAUAUAGGUUUCUCUUGGCCAUUAGCCAAGUCUCUGAAACCAUGGCACCUCUUUCUGAUGAAGAAGAAAAUUAUGUCCGUCUAGCAUUGUUAUUGAAAGGAGUGACACCUAGAGCAGUCCGUACCUAUUUUGACAGAGAAUUUCCACCUACGUAUCUACCAUCAACGCUGAAUACAAAUUACAACACUCUUUGGGAAUUGAAAUUAAAAAGAAUCAUUAAUCAGGCUCAAUGGAAUCUUUUGAUUCCAAGAAAUGGGAUUCCGGAUUCCAAAUCAUUCGAUGUAACGUUGAUGAUCUGUUUAAUCAGAAACUUGACCUCUAUCAAUCCACCAGUCAAUGGAUUUGACAGUCUACCACUACCAGGGGAAACAACUCCAGGAUCUGAUUUAGCCAGAAUAAAAUAUUAUAGGAAUAAACUAGCUCAUCAUGAUAGUAAUACAAUAGACACUGCCUAUUUCCAUACAGCAUGGACAGAUAUAUCAAAUGCGGUUAGACGAUUGGGAGGUGAAACAAUGUAUCAAGAGUGUAAAGAGUUGAAGGUAAAAAUCUUAGAUCAGUCGAAUCAUGAAAUUGUAUUGGAAAUCAAACAAUCACUCAAAGAGAUGAAAGAACUGAGAAAAACAAUAGACAUUUUGGGAACCGAACACACAAAAGUGACAGAAAAUCUUAGAGAGUUACAAUCUUCCUACAGUACAUUAAAGACGUCCCAAAAUACUUUACAGGCUGAACACAUAGAAGUUAGAGAAAGUUUAAAAGACCCAAUACCAUCAAACAUUAAAGAUCAAUUUAAAAGACAAAUAGAAUACUGGGAAAAGACAGAUAAAAUGUUUGUGUCUACGAGAGCUAGUGCUUAUGUCAUGAAAAAGUUAGAGGACAAAAGUUGUGUGACUUUAACUGCCCCUUCAGGAGCUGGAAAAUCAUUUAUUGCAAGACACACAGCACUAGUUUUACAGAAAGCAGGAUACAAAAUAGUGCCCGUGAGACAACCGGUUGAUAUCAGAAAUUAUUAUCAACCUGGUGAACAGACAGUUUUUAUUGUAGAUGACAUUUGUGGAAAUUUCACUGUGAACCAACAACAGAUAGAGAACUGGACACAACAUUUACCAGUGAUUGAAACAAUUAUAGCAGACAAAUGUUGUAAGAUUAUUGUAUCAUGUAGGUUACAAGUCUAUAAAGAUGAUAAGUUUAAUAUUUUAGAACCUUUUCAAUCCUGUGAAUGUAACUUGAUAUCCGACAAGUUAUGUCUGACAUCUGUCGAAAAAAAUAUUAUAGCCAACAAAUAUAUUGGUUCAAGCUUGGUCGAUAUUGAUAAAUUGUCACAACAUAGUGAUUUCUUUCCACUGUUGUGCUCUUUAUAUAAUGAGGGAAAACAUGGAAAUGUAAAUGAAUUUUUCAAAAAUCCAUAUAUUGUCUAUAAAAAUAAACUAGACAAUUUAAGAAGGCAUGGGAGUGAAGUGCAAAUAUGCAGUCUAUCUUUAUUAGUUCUUUUUAACAAUCAGCUUGGGGAGAAAUGGUUCCAGGGUAGAAUUACAAAUGAUCAAACAAAGAUAAUAAAAGACACUUGUGAGACUUUUGGAAUCAACAGCAUACCAAAAAUAUCUCUAAAGAAAGAACUUGACACUCUAGUUGGGACAUAUGUCUGUAAACAGGAUGGUAUUUACAGAACAAUACAUGAUAAACUAUUUGACUUCCUUGCCUAUUACUUUGGUCAACAAAUGAUUGAAUGUUUAAUAGACCAUGGUGAUAGUAAUUUAUUACAUCAACGUUUUAUUUGGCAGAAAUCUGAUGACAAGACAAGUAACAUAGAUUUCAUUAUUGAAAUACCAGAUGAUUAUUUAGAAUCGUAUUUACAAAGGUUUAUCAAAGACUGGUUAGCAGGAAAGGUUGCAGAUGUGUUCAAUAACAAUAAUAUGAAAGUGUCAUCAUUCAGACAAAAGUUAGUAGAGAACUUAGAACAGCUUGAAAUAUCAAUGCAAAUGACAUUAGCCAAUACAGUGGACACAGUGAGAACACAGUGGUGCAAUUCUUCAGGUUCUACUCCACUGAUAUGGAGUUGUAAUGAGGGUUAUACUGAUAUGGUACAGUGGAUGUCACGUAAUGAUGUUGAUGUGGAUCAAUGUACAGAUGAUGGAGAAAGUGGAAUAUUGCAGGCAAGUGAAAAUGGACAUACUGACAUAGUAAAUUUACUGUUAGAGAGAAAUCCUGAUGUUAAUCUAUGUAAUACUAAUGGCUGUAGUCCUCUGUUAAUGGCAAGUUCUAACGGACAUACUGACAUAGUAAAUUUACUGUUAGAGAGGAAUCCUGAUGUUAAUCUAUGUAACAAUAAUGGCUUGAGUCCUCUGUUACAGGCAAGUCAACACGGACAUACCGAUAUAGUAAAGUUACUGUUAGAGAGGAAUCCUGAUGUUAAUCUAUGUAACAAGGAUGGCUUGAGUCCUCUGUUACAGGCAAGUAUGUGUGGACAUACUGAUAUAGUAAAGUUACUGUUAGAGAGAAAUCCUGAUGUUAAUCUAUGUAACAAGAAAGGAUCUACUCCUCUGACAAUGGCAAGUAUGUGUGGACAUACUGAUAUAGUUAGAUUACUGUUAGAGGGGAAUCCUGAUCCAUGUGACCAUACACCACUUAGUACGUCAUAUGUUUAUAAUAACAUCAGUAUCAGUAACAGUCCUAGUCUUGUCCAGCCAAUAAUGAAACAUAAACCAGACAUUAAUGCCCAGACAUAUGUUGGAGGUAAUGCUUUAUAUUUCAGUGCACUGUUUGAACACAUUGAGAUAACACAGUUACUGUUAGAGAAUAAUGCUGACUCUAAUAUCUGUAUCUAUAGUAAACAGUAUAUAGCAGAAAUGAUGAAAAAUCAUCAAACUGGAACUUUGGGAGCAUUAGAACAAUUAUUAUUCGAUACCCUUGUAAAUAGUACAUCAUCACGUGUAACAGAAUACGUCAGUCAGAAGUCAGUAGAUUAUGCCUUUGCUGUAGUAGCAGGUUCCUCUCCAUUACAUAUAGCUUGUUUUAUGGGAAGGUUGGAUGUAGUCUGUUGUCUUUUGGACAACAAUGCUAACAUUAACAUAACAAAAGAAGACGGCACCACACCCUUAUUUUAUUCAUGUGAAGUAGGACAUGAGGAUAUUGUACGUUUAUUGUUAGAUAAAAAGGCAGAAACAAAGAUAUGCAGACUUGAUGGGAAAUCUCCUUUAAAGAUUGCAAUUGAUAAUAAGCAUACAGCUAUAGUUGAGAUUGUAACAGAACACAUUCAUAGGACAGAACCACUUCUUUAA